GUACAGCAGAUUGGAAAGCUGUGCCUUGGUCACAACCAAGAAGAGACGAGGCGAGAGCAAUUGCUUAGGAAUGAAGAGCCAGAUCAGUCUGUCAUCAUUGGAUGCUCCAAACUUAGUGUCAUAUAUGACCCAUCCCACCUCAUUAAAGGGAUAAGAAACAACUUUCUUACCAAAGAUAUAAAAUGGAAAGGAAAGAUUUCAAAGUGGCAAGACAUAGUAGAUGUUUACAAAACUGACUGCAGCCACACACAAUCAAGAAUAUUGCAUAAAUUAAAUGACGAGCAUGUCAUACCAGCAAAAGUAAAAAAAAUGAAGGUGAAGAAUUGUGUGCGCGUGCUUAGCAAAUCUGUAGCUGCUGCACUUUCCUACACUUCACAGUUCUCUACUUAUGUUGACGGAACACCAGUCAGUGGGACAUUAAAAAAUACUGCAGAGACGGUGUCAUUUUUCGACGACUUAUUCGACUCUGUGAAUGGUGCAGCUGCCACAGCUAAAGCUGCGAAGGGUAAAACAUUGCGGACCGCAGUGAAGGAUUGUACCCAGCACCACAAGUUUUGGGUAGAUGCAAUAAAAAAUCUUGAACAAAUUAAAUUCAUGGAAAAUGGUCGUGAAAAGUCUGUGCCCACCUUAAAAAAUUUUGUGACAACACUAAAAAGCUACAUGAGAUUGUGGCAGGUAUUCAAAUCAAAUGAUUUAAAAAUUAUGCGCCCUAGGUAUUUUAAUACAGACCCUGUCGAAAAUUAUUUUGGUCAGGUUAGGGCGUAUAAUUAUCGUAACACAGACCCUACCUGCCACAAUUUUAUAAAUACUUAUAAGGCGUUGACCAUCACUCGUGUGAUUAAAUUUCAUUCGGAUGGGUUUAAUUGUGAGGAUGACCCCGCAGAACAAUUAAUAAAUCUUCAAUGUCUUUUCCAAAACGAUGAAAACAAAGGCCAAAAUUAAGAGACACAAAAUAAUGUUCUGCUGGGUUGUUCAGAACCAGAAUCGCAAGGAAUAUUGGAGCAAGCGCGAAAGGAGAGAUUAAGUACUCAUUCUAAGGCUUAUGUGACUGGAUGGGUAAUUCGAAAAACUUUAGAAAAGAACCCUUGUUCCUUAUGCAAAAAAUCUUUGACAAGCAAUGAAAAUGAAACGAUACAUAAUUGGAUUAGUCAUAAGGAAUUUAAGGCGUCGAAUAAUAGCCGCAAGCUGAGUUACCCAUCUGGAGUAGCUGUUAGGUGCUUCGGGACAGUAUUAAAUAAAACAAAUGAGUUUUUAGAAAAAAAUGCUCACACAAAAGAUAUUUUAAAAACUAUUAUGAAAGAAAUAGAUACUAUUGAUUUGGUAAACUGUCCCGAGCACAAAGAUUUCGUACACCAAUACUUCUUGCAGAUCGUCAUCCGAUUCACAAUUUAUAAUUGGUGUAACACGAUAAACAAAAUUUUGAAAGGUGUGGAUAUUGUAAGGCUGGAAGGUAAAAAUUUGCCAUAUUACCAGAAGCUGGCCUAUGAAAAAUAUCUUAAAAGAAUUAAAAAUAAAACUAUAA